GCAUCAAAAAAGUUUGAGGACCUGGAUCCCAAUAGAUUCUUGACCCGCUGUUGAAGCGGAGUGAUCGAAUAAAACGAAAAUCUCGUAGAUGAAACUGCAGCCGGUAGGUACACAUGCUACACUGAUUGGGACUCGCCGCCAACAGUCGUAAAGGUGGACGGGCAGAAGUGGCAGAGGCUGCAGGGAGGAACACAGAGGUAGGAGUAGGAGAAAGGUGGUGGAAAAACUGUUUUACUAUUCGAGCUGUGCUUCUUCGUGUUUUGUUAGUUUCUGUUUCUCAACUACAUGAAUGUUGCCCUCCGACAGAACGAUGACGAUGUCGCACGCAUAUCGUUUUGAAAAGUGCAGUGAAUGGCGGUUCGCAUCGCGAUCGCAUUUCCACAGCAAGAACAAUUCUUGGUUCGUUUCUAUCUCGUGCUUCUUGUUGCUGUUAUCGACUGCUGUGCCUACGCUCCUGGAAGUAGUACUUCUCACGGGUCAAAACUGCUUGUUUUCACCUCGUGGUCCGUUCUUUGUCACCGCCAGUCGGGUUGAUCACCGGUGGAAGAACGCAAAUGCAGCGGAGGCGAGAUGGCCGGACCAUGUGAACCGAGCGAAUCCGUUUUGUCUGCCGGCGCACCUCCGCACGGAAUCCAAGCAGCAGUCGGGUAGUGGUAGUAGUACUCGUGCAGCAACAAGUUCUUCCACUACUGCGGCGACAUCUUCAAGAACACAAGGAGCGACGGCAGCUGAGCAACGUGCUCAACACGCAGGAAAGCAAGACAGAGGUUCGUCGUCAACAACUUCUUCUAGCGCCGGCGCGAGUAGAGGAGCAACUACUUCGUCGCCGUCUCUGAGCUGGCUAGAGCAGCUGUAUUUCCACUUGAACUGCAAUGGCGGGAUAUCAACUGCAAAAAUGUCUGGGUCUGGAAGGUCGGAACUUGUCAUGUUAAAUCUGAAUCAUGCAAAAAUCUGUGUUGCGUGAUUCCCAAAUGCCUUCCAAUUUUGAUCGAGUUGAGAGGAAGUUUCUCAUGCAGGAUAGGCACGAUAGUGAUCUCACGGAAUCUGUCAUGCUAGGUCCUCCAUUACAGACCAUAUGGAUCAUGGAAAACCUGCAUGACAAGUCUAGAAAAGUUCCAGACCCAGACAUUUUUGCAAUCCAUACAGGAAGAGGACAAGCAACAGUUUUUUCUCCUCCAGCAUCUACGACACCACCCCUGGAGCCUCUUCUACCGGCAGAAGGAAAAUAAAACCAACUCGCCGGAAAUACGCGACGCGGCGGGGGCGGCGCGCGCACGACGUCGUGUGGCAUGCGUACAACAAGCGGUCGCGGUCGGCGUACUCGUUCGAACACGGUGGAGCAGAGACCUCGGAAUCGGACGAAGAUAACGUGCGAAAAAAUCGCGACGAGUUUUCUGCACCCGCCACGCGGACAUGUUCGCGCGCGCAAGAAGGGAAAGACUCCACGACCGACGCAGUUCCGUUCUUGCACGGAAGUAGGAACGAGGAGACCAAGAAGAAGGAGCCCCUGCUACUUCCCGGAGUCAAGAACAUCCGCAGCAACUGCAACCAUUCUACCAUCAGUUACAACUCGAGAGCAGGAGACCACGUGACGAGCGGAAGUGGAGCUGCAUCCGGUCGUCCUAAUUUUGGACGAUUUAUUGGAGCUCCUGCAGAAGUCACGCGCGAGCAGCCCCGAAUCUACCUGGCGCCGCCCACCGCGGGGCAGUAUUCUUGGACGUCGUCGGGGGCCGUUUCGAGUGGAGUGAAUGUCCAGAAUGUGUUGUACAACCAGCAGCCGGUCGUAGUACAACAGCCGCAAGGUGGAGGUUCUCGCGUAGUUCUUCUCCAAGCAUCACAAGUCGGACAACUGCUUCCCCACCAGGUGGUCGUGGCAGAAAGCAACCCUAACCUCGUGGUUCAUCCCGCUUCUACCAGUAGCAGCCAAUACAACAUGCAGCCGGUCGCCUUACGGCCGACGAGUAGUGGUGGCCCACCCCCAGUCGGCCAGGGCCUGCAGCAGCAAAUUGCAGCGUUCCCACCUCCUUCCGCAGUUGCCACGCAUGCCGCGCCGGAACCGCAGCUUCCACCCUACGAUAUGGCGACGGGGGAAAUUUCUAACAAUUUCGACGCGAGCAGCACAGUUCCAGUUGUACCAGUAUCCGAUCGGGGAAAAUAGACCGCAUUGCAACUCUUCUAUACGUCGCGUUCACGACACAAAGUCACAAAGUAUGAUCCCUCCCGACGGGCUUCGUCUCAAUCGUUACCUUGCACUUUUUCGGGCCGCAAAAAAAAGGAUUUGUCUUGCUCUGCGUUAGUUUGUGAACGGGGGUUCGUUGUACCACAGUAAGACAGAGAGCAUGUUAAGCUUCGUUUAUUUCCCUGCUUGCAUAUGCUCCGUAUGACAUGGGCACGGGCGUCAUCAACACGAACGCUUCUCCGCCACCCCCGCAGGGCUACUACGUUCAUCUGCAGCAGUAUGGCGGCUCGUCGGCGCCGAAAAACUCCGCCGGCUCGCCAGGUGUACCUCACCGCAGUCCUGGCGGUCGAUCGCUGGGAGCUGCUGCGGCGGUGGUGGCGGCCCCGAGUUCUUCCAGUUGGGGUAACUACGACUCCCCCCAACCGCUAUCAGCUAGGAAAAUCUUGAGUCGAGUUGUCAACGGUGGGAUGAUGUAAAUUGUAGAUAGGUUCUUUAUCAUAUUCGUCAUCAUCAAAGUCUUCACCAUAGUUCUUCUGGUGUAAGUGUUAUUUAGUCGUAAUCCAAAAAGUUGUUCCACUUGACUUUGUGGAGCAUUCGGCCCAACCAAAUCUUCUUUAAUGAUGAAAGAACAAGUGAUCGUCGGUAGUACCUGCGAAGAGCCUCGCCAUGAGGACCACGAUAGAAUGAUUGUGCAAGUAGAAAACUGCGUGGUCAAACAUGAAUCGGAUGUCGAUAAAUAUUACUAAACAAAUGGGAGUGCGUCCCCGGGCCCCUUGUUGAAUCCACAAAAUGCUGGGGGUCGUGCUAAUAAUUUCUCAACUUUCUCGCGCCCGCUCUUUUUCUCUUGAGAAGAAUGUCCGGCGCGCCCUUCGUUUUUUUUGAGAAGAUUCAAAGGGGGCGCGGGGGUCCGAAAGUUCAAGAAUAUUUAUCGAUAUCCGUACGGAUUUCAGAAAGAAAUCUAGAACAGAUUUCCCCGGCUAUUCUUCAGCGACUUCCCCCCAUCGUGUCUCGUUUUUUUUACCUUUCUGGCGCGCUUCUUCUCGGCGCGCGAGGUUUUGCAUUUGCUUGCGCGCGACCUCCGACGCGCCGGAGCGAGGCCGCGCACGGCUUGGAAAACAAGAGCGCAAACGACGCGCCCCGCGUUCUGUCCUACGCUUGCGCCAGUGCCGCUCCUUAGUAAAGCAAGCCCUGCAGCAUCCAAGACGGCGCGGGUGCGCCCCCGCUGGCGACUGGCAGGUCUGGCAUGCCAGACCUGCCAACCCAAAAGAAAAAAAAGAAGAAUCACAGUUCUUCUUUUUUUGUUUUUGGGUUGGCAGGUCUGGUAUGCCAGACGGCGCUUUGGGCUUGACGGCGCGACUGUGCCGUCGCUGGCGACUGGCAGGUCUGGCAUGCCAGACCUGCCAGCCCAAAAGAAAAAAAAGAAGAAUCAGAAUUCUUCUUUUUUUGUUUUUGGGUUGGCAGGUCUGGCAUGCCAGACCUGCCAACCACUUGAACGCGAGCCGGCAGACUCGUUGGCUUUUUUCGCGCCCCCGACGCGUCACGCCGUCGGGGAUAAAGUUCCGCAGGAGCGCGUGGCGCGCUUUGGGCUUCACGAAGAGGGAGACCCUUUUCUUUUUGAAGAAAAAACGAUCCUCGAGAAGAAGCAGAUAGGACGGCCCUCUUCUUCUAAAAGAUGAUCUAUUUGAAAACGAGGACGAUCCGCGAGAAGAAUAAAAUCUGCCCCGCGAGUCGGAUGGUCCUCGUCUUCAAAAAGCUAAUCUAUUUGAAGUAGAAGAGGGCCCUCGCUCUUCUUCGCGAGAGACCACGCGGCUCCCCUUAGAGUAGCGCUCUAAUAGUGCGGCGCGCCGGAGGUCGCGCGUAAGCAAAUGCAAAACCACGCGCGCCGAGAAGGGGCGCGGCAAAAAGCGCAGGAAAAUGAGCAACGAUGGGGGGAGGUCGCUGCAGAAUAGCCGCGGAAAUCUGUUCUGGAUUUCUUUCUGAAUUCCGUACGGAUGUCGAUAAAUAUUACUAAACAAAUGGGAGUGCGUCCCCGGGCCCCUUGUUGAAUCCGAAAAAUGCUGUGGGUCGUGCUAAUAAUUCCUCAACUUUCUCGCGCCCGCUCUUUUUCUCUUGAGAAGAAUGUCCGGCGCGCCCUUCGUUUUUUUUGAGAAGAUUCAAAGGGGGCGCGGGGGUCCGAAAGUUCAAGAAUAUUUAUCGAUAUCCGAUAAAACCGAAUGUGAUUAGAGCAAAAACAUCCCUAGAGCUUUCGACUUUGCUGAAGAUUUUGCUUCCAUAAUCGCCCAUACGCGUGAUUCCGCUCCUGAGUAGUACUGCCUCUACUUCUAUCAACUGUAAAAAUGUCUGGGUCUGGAAGGAUCCAAACUUGUCAUGCUAUCUUUGGACUCCAAAAAAAUCUGUAUUGCAUGACCAGGAAGAGGAGCCCAGACUGUGCUACGUGGAGAGGGCAUUUGUAAUGCGGAAUAGGCAUCAGGAAGCCCUCUAAAAAUCUGUGAUUCUAGGUCGUGCAUUACAGACAUUCUGGGUCAUACAAAACAUGCAUGACAAGUCUCAGAAUCUUCCAGACCCAGACAUUUUUGCACUUGAUAACUUCCUCUUCCUCUAGCACCAACCAGAACCUGUCAUUAUCCCCGAACGCGCCGGGAAUGUUGGCUGCUGCAUCUACUUCCAGCCCGCAACAGCAACAUCAGUCUGCUGGUACAACAACUCCUCCGAGUUUGUUGAGCAACAGCCACAGCAACAGCCUGUUCACUUCCACCGAGUUGAGCACAUUGUCACCUGCCGUGCGCCCGCAGACGCAGCGCAUUCUGACGAAGGAUUACUUCACAGAAAACUUCGGCAUCAUCCCGCCCCCCGAGCACCCGGCCUGGGAUGUAAAGUACGACCCGAGCCCGUCGCCCUAUCACAACUCGGCCAAGGAACGUUUCAAGAAACGCGAACCAGCAUACUGCAUGCCGAAAUAGGUGGUAAUGUACUACGAGCAGAAAAGAAAUGGAAAAUGAUACGAAUACUGAUGGUGGUUCGCCGAUUUACGUACUUAUUUUCGCUGAGUCAACAACGAAGACGAACCACGUAACAGUCAUUUUGCGAGGACUGUUGGAGCUACUGCUGCGCUGGGUUGCGCGGUCGGAAAAAUGCAAGACUUAUCGAUCAUGUUUCGAAGGAAUCAUUCAAUAUUAAACUGUUUCAUCAACUUCGACCGUCUGUUUCUUGCAAAGACAAUCUGUAUGUCUGCCAAACUCAAACGCUAAAUUGUAUUUCCGAAACGAAUACAUAAUUGAAAUUGAAAUGUUUCCCCGCCGUUUUUC